AGGGGUGUGAGAUUGGUAAUUGUGGAGGUGUGCGAGGAAGUAAACAAACUCAACAAAAAUAAGACAUAAGGGUGCGGGUAAUUAAAACGGGGGUGUAUGAAGAACAAUAAAACAGACCCAAUUGAAAUAAAAAAGGGGUGCUUGUCGUAUGGACGGGGGUGUGCGAAGAAAAAGAAAAGCCAAGACACUUUAUUCUCUCAAAGAAAGGAGAAAAGAAAAACGAAACCCUAAACUCUCCUGCAGCCCCUUCUUCUCGACGCCACACAACUCCAGCCCUGGGACGCGCGUCUACUCAACCUCAAACGCCAGCGACGACGGCGGCCACCGCUGACAGAGCUGCCGGCGCUUGGGUCACUGUCUCGACCUCAUUUUUUCCUUUUUUCGCGAGCGCUCCUUCGUUCUCGUGUUCUGUGUGCGAGGCUCCGCAUCUUGUCCUCCAAACACGAGUCACUCUCUCGCAAGCUUCCCGUGCUUCCGGAGCCACCGGUGAUGAUGCCAACCGCUGCCGGAAGUGUCGCCGGCCUCCGUUGCGUUCCAAGCCUCUCAUUCUUCUUCUCGCACGAGCCACGCUAAGUCUGGAACACCGCGAGCCCCGCUGUCGCGCCCCCAGUCGUGAUUGAAGCCGCUGCUGCUCAGCCUGUUCGAAGUUCGACCCGCCGCCGGCGAUUUUCUCUCUUCUCUGCUUCUCCGUUUCAAUUUGUGCUUGGGUGUGAAUGAUUGGGAAACAGAUUUGUAUUUGGGUGUGAAUGGAGAUUCUCGAUUUUUUUAUUUUGGUUUUAUGCAGAUGCGAGAAUAUGGUGAUGGGUUAUUUUCGUGUUGUUGGUUUGGUGUUCGUGUUAGGUGUGGCGUUGAAUGGGAUGCUGCGGGGUUAGAAUGGAGAACAGGUUUGAGGUUGAAGUGAAGACGUCAAUGAGGGGAUGUGCACGUGGAUGCUUUCUUGGGUCUCUGUUUCUUGUGCAGGUGAAUGAUCAAGAAAGAAGUUAACUGAUGAUGGAAAGGAGCGUGAUAGUGAUGGAAGAGGCGAUGGUGGGUUUUUGGAGAUGAUUAUUAGCAAAGAAGAUGAAGGAUGAAAUGGCUUAUUUGGAGGUUCUCGUUGGCCGAAAAGUAUGAAAAUGGCAGGGAUAGAUGGAUGGGAUUCGUAACUGUGGUGGUUCAGUUGGGUAGUGAGCAUAUCGUUUCUCGCAUUCGAACAACAACAGGGCAUAUAACAUAUUUGAAAGAUGCAACAAAUCUCACACACAACCACAGCAUGUUAUUCAAAUUUACUUCUAUUCCGGCAAUUUUCCUUGUUCAAAUUUAUUUUGGCGUUCUUUCUGUUGGUCCCUGUUUUGGAUUUGCAGCACAUUAAAGUUGCGAGCAAUUAGUUAUUUGCUUUCUAUUUAUUAUGGAUUUUUCUUUUUCCCUCUUAUCCUCUCCCGUUGUUAUUUCCUAUGUUAACUGACAAUUGCUUAUAGGCUUUGGCUCUGUUUUGGAAUGUGCAUCAUGUUUGUUAACUAUUUUACAAUCAUCGUUGGAUUAUUGUAUUAGAGCAUUGUUCUUUUAUUCUAAUUUUUACCUAAUCAUUACCUUUUCUUUAAUCUUCUUCAGGUCUCCCUCUCUUUCUCUACUUUUUCCUAGUCAAUAAUAUGCGCUCUCUCAAGGAAUAGUUCUCAAUCACAAACCCACGUAUUUUUAUUAGCUCCAUCGUUCAUCUCAUUAGAAACUUUGCCUUGAAGUUUUUUCUCUCCAUGAUUUUCAACUUUAAGAAAUCUGCAGUCAAAGCAGUUAAACUCUCCUAUAAAUAUAAGGUCCAGAGUCUUCCCUUCUUGUACUUCCAGAGGUACAGUUAUGUGAAUGUGUAUAUGAAAUGGAAAAAGGAUUCAUACUUUGACUCAAUUGAGCACAUCCACGAGUCCAUUCAGCUCAAGCCUAUCAUUGCCCUGAAGGACUGCAUUGUCCAGGAUCCCAAUGGGUGCAUUCCUAUCUCCGCAGUGACAAAGAGGGGGUUAGAGUUAGGUGUGCCCAUGAAGGUUGCAAGAUUUCUGAGGCAAUAUCCAUCCAUCUUUGAAGAGUUUACUGGUCCCAAAUACAAUCUUCCUUGGUUCAGGUUGACACCGGAAGCUGCUGAGAUUGACAAGGAUGAGAAGAGAGUAUAUGAAGAAUGCAGCAGGGAGUUAAAGUCCAGGUUGAGGAAGAUGAUAUUGAUGACCAGAGAGAAUGUUCUACCUUUGAAGAUAAUUCAAGGGAUGCAGUGGUAUUUGGGGUUGCCUAAUGAUUUUCUGCAGCACCCUGAGCAAAAUCUUGAUGAAUCUUUCAAGUUUGUAGAGAUGGAAGAUGGAUUGAAAGGGUUGACUGUUGACAGUGGAGAAAAGAUUUAUUCUGUAAUGGAGAAAACUGCCAUGAAAAGAGGUUUGUACACCGGGGGUCCAAUGGAAGCCAUUGAAUUUCCACUUUACCCAUCAAAGGGUUUAAGGUUGAGGACGAAGAUCGAGAACUGGCUACAUGAAUUUCAGAAGGUUCCUUAUAUUUCACCUUAUGAUGAUUUUUCAAGCUUCGAUCGAAAUAGUGACAUAGUUGAGAAAAGACUUGUAGGAGUUCUUCAUGAACUACUUUCCCUUUUUGUUGAGCAUUCAGCCGAGAGGAAGAAGUUGUUUUGCCUCAAGAAGUAUUUGGGUUUACCACAGAAAGUGCAUAAAGCGUUUGAGCGACAUCCCCAUAUGUUUUAUCUAUCUUUCAGGAACAAAACCUGUACAGUCAUUCUAAAGGAAGCUUACAGCAAUAACUCGGGUAUUGAGAAGCAUCCUCUAUUGAGGGUAAGGAAGAAGUACAUCAAGUUGAUGAAGGAAUCAGAAGUGAUUUUAAGGAACAGGAGGGUGAAUAAUCGACUUUAUAAUUGUAACGCAGAAUUGGAUUUAGAUUCAAAUAAUCUAAAUGAAAGGGGACAUGAUAUGACAAGUUGCUCUUUGGAACAAUGAGGAAAAAUGGAGUAAUGUUGGGUGUUGGUUUGUGUGGUGGGUGGUGAAGGAGAAGGAAAUUUGGGAAAGAAGAAUGAAGGUCUGUAAGAGGUGCUAUUCGUGCGAGGAAGAAAGAAGAAAAUGAGGAAAUUUUAUUUAUGAAGUUAUGCAUAUAAUAAGUCACAAUUUAACUUCUGUAUAUUGUUAAAAUAUAAUAUUUACAUCAUUUAAAGUUUUUGUAAUAAAAUAUUUAACUUCCAUAUUCUGAUUAUACCAUUUUUACUUUCAUGAAAA